GGGCGUCGCCAUUUUGUUUGUUUUAGUGAAACUGUACAGUGGGAGGAGAGUGAAAGCUACCAUAGAAACGGUUGCUAAAUACGGAAAGCUACGAUAGGACCGUUCCGCGUUCAGCGUCCCCCACCACCUCAGUGUGAGACGGUGCCGGGACGAUGUUUUACGCCCACUUUGUCCUCAGCAAACGUGGGCCGCUCGCCAAAAUCUGGCUGGCGGCCCACUGGGAUAAGAAGCUGACCAAAGCACAUGUGUUUGAGUGCAAUCUGGAGAGCAGCGUGGAGAGCAUCAUCUCUCCAAAGGUAAAAAUGGCUCUCCGUACUUCUGGUCACUUACUGCUGGGCGUGGUGAGGAUCUACCACAGAAAAGCCAAGUACCUGCUGGCAGACUGCAAUGAGGCUUUUAUUAAGAUUAAAAUGGCUUUUCGCCCAGGUGUGGUCGACCUGCCUGAGGAGAAUCGCGAAGCCGCGUACAACGCCAUCACGUUACCAGAGGAGUUUCACGACUUCGAUCAACCUCUUCCAGACCUUGACGACAUUGACGUUGCUCAACAGUUCACCCUGAAUCAGUCCCGUGUGGAGGAGAUCACCAUGAGAGAAGAAGUGGGAAACCUCAGUCUCCUGCAAGAGAAUGAUUUUGCUGAUUUUGGGAUGGACGACCGGGAGAUGAUGCGGGAGGAAGGUGCAUUUGAAGUGGACAUCAUCCACGGAGCAUCUGCAUCAAACCUGCUGCUGGAGUCAGAGUCCAGUAGCGUACAGAUCGCUGACAAAACCAACCACCUGGAGUACGACCAGUACAAGGAUGACUUUGGAGACAAUCCAAUGGAGAGCACUGAAGGAGGCAUGCUGGUGGACAAGCUGCUCAGCAAUGAGGACGGAGGGGGUAUUUUUGACGAUCCUCCAGCCAUACCUGAAGGUGUGAUGAUGCCCCAAGACCACGGUGCAGAUGACGACGAUGAUUUUGACAACCUUUCACCUGCAGGAGGUCCAGACAGCCCUGAUUCUGGCCCUGUGGAGCCUUUGCCCACCAUGACAGACCAGACUGAACAGACCACACUAGUCCACAAUGAAGAGGAGGCCUUUGCUUUGGAGCCCAUCGACAUCACAGUGAAGGAAACCAAGGCGAAAAGGAAGAGGAAGCUGAUUGUGGACAGUGUGAAGGAGCUGGACAGUAAGACCAUCCGUGCCCAGCUGAGUGACUACUCUGACAUUGUGACCACGCUGGAUCUGGCUCCCCCCACCAAGAAGCUGAUGAUGUGGAAGGAAACCGGUGGCGUGGAGAAGCUCUUUUCUCUGCCAGCUCAGCCCCUCUGGAACAGCAGACUGCUCAAGAUGUUCACUCGCUGCCUGACCCCUCUGGUGCCCGAUGAGCUGAGGAAGAGGAGGAAGGGUGGAGAAGCAGACAGUCUGGAUGAGUUCCUUAAAGACCUGGAAAACCCUGAAGUGCCACGAGAAGAAGCCCUGAAUCAGCAAAGAGACAUCAUCGAUCAGACCAUCUUGGAGGAGCCCAGUGUUUUGCAGGCUUCAGCCAUGGAGGGCAGUCGCACCACCCUCGACGAGUCCGUCAUGCCUCCUCCAUCUGGACCCCGCGGACAAAAGCGCAAAGCUCAGGACGGAGAGCCUGCCUUGCCUAUGCUGGAGGAUGAUCGUUCCUCCAUUGUGUCUACGCAACACGUGAGCCUGCCACAGGUGGAGCUUCCUCCUGAAGAACCAGUCAACAUCGCACAGCUCAUCCCUGAUCUCGACCUGAUAGGAGAGAAGAGCAAAGACAAGAAGGAUGACGAUGAUGAAGAGGAGGAGGAAGAAGGUCAGAGCGGGGACCAGGAUCAGGAGGAAAGGAGGUGGAACAAGAGGACGCAGCAGAUGCUUCACGGUUUACAGAGAGUCAUUGCUAAGACUGGAGCGGAAUCCAUCAGCUUGCUGGACCUGUGCAGAAACAACAACAAGAAGCAAGCGGCUGCUAAGUUCUACAGCUUUCUGGUGCUAAAGAAACAGCAGGCGGUGGAGCUGCGACAGGACGAGCCCUACAGCGACAUCAUCGCCACCCCGGGCCCCAGAUUUCACAUCAUAUAGACUCUUUACAGUCAACAGAUUUGAUUCUUUUUAAUGGUUUUGUUUGUAUAUGAUGUGUUAUGUGUAUCCGUGCAUGUGCAUUUUUCACAACACAGGCUCACAGGAUACGCACCCCUGUCUAUUAUUCUGGAGAGCGCAAAUCAUGUAGCCAGAGGUAAAAUAAACGAUACAGGGCGGUGUGAAGCCACCGACAGCUUCUGUUCCUUUUAGCGCUACCAGCUGACCGCUUUCCCACUUGUUGACGGUUUUUCUGGUGCUACCAGUUUGCCCAGUAGCUUACCGCGUACAUCGGUAGAAAGUUGACUGUGACAACAGUGUUUGAGUCCGGCGAAGAUUAGUUCCAGAAACCAGGUAAUACAAUAAAUUAAUAAACAACAAGAUGAAAACGUGGUGAAAUCACGAAGCCGCGACAGCUUUUCUUUUUCUAGAUUGCUUUUGAAAACACUAUCGGUUGGGUUUAGGAUUGGGGUGAGGAUUGGGGUGAGUGGGUCAGUCGGUUGACAGCAAGCUGGUCUGGUCAGCUGAAGUCUAUAUUCAACAUAGGCUCAUUCUGAAAACAUAGCCCUAUAUACAAUUCUGGAGAUCGCAAAUCAUGUAGCCAGAAGUCCAUAUGGCUGCAUUUCGUUUUUAAAACGAACACUACCUCCGUAUGGACGGCUUUCCUCGCUGUUACCAGUUUGUCCAGUUAGGUCGCCAUGUACGUCUGUGGACUUGACACGCAGAGAGGAGUUGACCGGGAUGACAGGGUUCGAGUUCGGUGGGGAAUGGUUCCAGAAAGCACAAAAACAGAACCAAA